AUGGCGGUGAUCAGACUGUCGUUGCUGCUGCAGGUGGGAUUCGUUGUGGGCGCGCACUGCUCGGCUCUGGCACCGAGAACGGACAAGGAUCAGCAGCAGCAUCAGCAUCAGCAGCAGCAUCAGCAUCAGCAGCUGCCUCGGGUCGUGGCUGCGUUUCUACACACGGGCGACCCGUCUGCGCUCGAGCGCGCCAACUGCACCGGGAGGUACGAGCUGAGCGCGCUGCGGGCCGGGACUCAUGCGCACCCGCACCCGGCCGCCCGCCCCGCUCUGCACGCUCUCGCGCACGCCGCCAGCUUCCUCCGGGCGCUGCUCAGGGAGCGGGAUCGAGAGCGCAACCUUGUGCGCGACCUGGAUUGGUGCCGCGCGCUCGUGCGUAGCGUCGUGGACGGCGACGCCAGGAUCCACCGCGCCGCCGUGGUGUUCGACGCCUCCGGUACGUCCUCCUCCGCGACUCAUCGCCCACCGCGCGUCUUCCUCCAGGCCACGCGCCGCGGCGGAGACAUCGUGCUGCAGGACCUUUCCGCGUCUGCGCGCGACUUCUUCAGGAACGAGACCGCCGACACCGAGUGGUAUCACGCGCAUAGACGCAAGACGCGACACCGCGGGAAAGAAGACGACGAGGAGGAGGAGGGUCACGUGGCUGAAAGCAGCACGCACGUGAAGUGGUCGGGUCCGUUCCUGGAGUGCGAGGCCGGGAGUUUUGUCCCCCGCUGGCUCCUGACCUUGUCCACCGGGUUCCACGGGCUGAAACCGAACCUGACGCCUGACUUCAGGGGAGUUGUUCGUUUGGAUAUCAGCCUGCAGGAUGUGGAUAUCGAUCAGUGUUCCACUGACGGCUGGUUCGCAGGAACUCACAGGUGCAACCUGACCAGCAUGGAGUGCCUCCCGAUGCCGGGUCACGGUUUCAUCCUGGACAAAUACCAAUGCCAGUGCAGGCGCGGCUUCUACCACCCCAGCAGAGUCGCCAUCAACGGUGUCAAGAGGAAGGCAAUGAGCACACAGGGUGUCGUGGGUCCCAGCCUGUGUCUGCCCUGUCAGGAGGGCUGUGUUCACUGUAAGGACGAUACGCCGUGUGUGGCUCAGGGUGAAGGAUAUCUCCGUCUCGCCGUGCUGGCCUUCCAGGGCAUCUGCAUGCUACUGGACUUCAUCAGCAUGGUGCUGCUUUACCACUUUCGCAGGAACAAGAGCAUCAGGGCUUCAGGUCUGGUUCUACUGGAAGCCAUCUUAUUUGGAGCGCUCCUUCUCUACUUCCCUGGGGUGGUUCUGUACUUCCAGCCCAGUGUGUUUCGCUGCGUUCUGCUGAGAUGGGUGCGCAUGCUUGGCUUCGCCAUUGUGUACGGGACCAUCACACUCAAAUUAUACAGGGUUCUGAAGGUGUUCCUGUCUCGCACGGCUCAGAGGAUCCCGUACAUGACCAGCUGGAAGGUUCUGUGCCUCCUGUGCAUCAUUCUGCUGAUUGUGCUCUGGUUCCUGGUGGCAUGGACUUUGGCUGUGUGCCAGAACCCAGACUGGCACUUGGCACUGAUCACCAUGGGCUUCACCCAAGAGGGUCUGCAGUUCAGUAUGUGCCUGCUGGACCGCUGGGAUUACAUGAUGGCAGUGGCUGAGUUCCUGUUCCUCCUGUGGAGUGUAUAUCUCUGUUAUGCUGUAAGGACGGUACCUUCAGCCUUUCAUGAACCACGCUACAUGACCAUCGCGGUCCACAACGAGCUCAUCAUCUCCGCUAUAUUCCAUGUGAUCAGAUUUACUUUUGCAUCUGAGCUGCACCCUGAUUGGAUGCUUAUGCUGUUCUUCACUCACACUCAUUUGACAGUGACGGUUACACUUGGGCUCUUACUUGUCCCAAAGUUUCUGUUCGCGGGGACACACCUGAGGGAUGACAUAGCCACUGAGGCCUAUGAGGAUGAGUUGGACAUGGGACGAUCAGGCUCAUACCUGAACAGCAGCAUCACAUCUGCAUGGAGUGAACACAGUCUAGACCCGGAGGACAUACGGACACCAGACGAAAUGGGCCAGCUCAGUUCUAUUAAUGGCUGUGGCGUAAGGUCUUGCGACAGUCUUUGGGAAAAAUAUACCAAUGAGGAGCUAAAAAAGCUAUACUCCCAGUUGGAGAUCUACAAACGAAAGAAGAUGUUAGCCAACAACCCUCACCUGCAAAAGAAACGCAGCUCCAAAAAAGGUCUGGGACGCUCCCUCAUGAGACGCAUCACUGAGAUCCCAGAAACAAUGGGUCGCCAGCAUAGCCGUGAGGACAAGGAGCUUGGCGAGCAUGGUAGUAACCGUAACAGCAUCUGUGUCCUGAGGAAGAAUCCUUUUGAGCCAACACAUUCUGCAAAACCUGCCAAGGAGGAGUCCUUGAAGAAUAAGGUUUUCUCUCUGAAGAAGUCUCACAGCAGUUAUGAUCAUGUGCGAGACCAGAGUGAGGACUCUAGCAGCUUAGCAACUGAUAAAAUGGAAGUAUCUACCACAGAGGGAUCUCUUCUUGAAACAUUGAUUGGUAAGAAGCUGGUGAAGAAAAAGUCAUCAGAGAAGAUUGAUGUUGCCAGCGAGUCAACUGAGUCAGUUCCUUUGGUGUGUAAAUCAGCCAGCGCUCACAAUCUGACAGCUGACAAGAAACCGCUUCACCCAAGGACAUCCAUGUUGCAGAAGUCACUCAGCGUCAUUGCCAGUGCUAAAGAGAAGACUCUGGGUCUCACGGGAAAGACCCAGUCCAUAGAGGACCCCAAUAAAAAUGUUCAACAAAAGAACAAAGAAGCGAAAAGCCCUGAUGAAAAUGAAGAGGGCUAUAUGAAAAUGAUCAUCAGCCAGUCAGUAGAAUACAAGCAGACAGCUGGCAAAGCUGGAAUAAUGAAACAUCAGGUUAGUGAAAGCCAACCAUCCAUCUGCUCUGAGCCAACGAAAGGCAAAGACGUUUACAAUAUUUCUGAGGUUUGUCCUUGGGAAUUAGAGGACUUGCCCACUCCUUCAGAGAACAGGGUACAAAAGCAUGUGUCCAUUGCUGCUGAAGAGUCCACCAUGAUCCACUCCAACAGCGCCAAGGGAGCCAAACUGCAGAAACAAAAAGGCACAGAUCAGUCACCCAACCCAGCCAGACGACCCAACCAGAAGCCCAUCGACAGAGCAGAUGUCUCUUCUUGGGAGGACAAUAGAAAAGAAAGCCAAGGUCAAAUAGAUGGGGCAAAAUCAAAUUUCUCCAGUCAACCCAUUCAGUCUCAAAUACAGACAUCUACAGACAGGACCAAAUCUCAAAAAGCAGAUGUAUGUCCAUGGGACUUUGAUGAAUUGCCAAAAAAAUCUAUAGACUCAACCUGCUCCAUUGAUCAGGGCAGAACCAAAACUACAUCUGCAGAGGUCAAAACCAAAUCAAGCAUAGCUGUGACAGAUGUCAAAGGCAAGGACAUUAUCCUAACUGAGGGAAAAGCAAAAGAUGUUCUUCCUGAGGCUUCAAAAUCAUCAGGAAGCUCUCUGCAGACAUCUUCCAAAGCAGACGUUUGUCCAUGGGAUUAUGAAUCAACAAGUCCCACAUUGGAAAAUAUUCCCAGUCCCUGUCAGGUUUCUAAAACGAAAGAGACCAAUACUACAAAGAAGGGUAUGGUCCCUAUAAGAACAUUCCAGAAAGAAAAAGAGAAGACGAAGGGUAUAGAAGAUGAGAACGUCAAAGCAAAGUCAAAAGACAAGCCUCCUUCAGGUAAACCAACAGAGAGACCUCUCAGCCAAGCCAAACUGGCUGAGAUUUGUCCUUGGGAUAUGAGCAGUAGUCCCGACAUGAGUGCUAUGGAAAAGCAGAAAAGUCCAAACACGGCAAUAGGGAAAACCAAGCAAGCUGCUGUAUGUCCAUGGGAUUUUGAAGAUCCGGCAACAACUAAAGAAGUGACCAGAAACACUGGUUCCUCUAUAGUGAAACAGAAAAGUCCAAAUUCAAAAGGAGAUCGUGGCAGUGCCAAAAUGGCAGAGGUUUGCCCAUGGGACUUUGAUGACCAAACGUCAACAAAAAAAGCAUGA